AAGGGGUCACCCCUCCCGGUGGGACCGGCCCCGUUGCUGUGGCAGCCGGUGGGGUGAUGUGCCGGGGCCGGUAACGAGCCGGCCCCAAACCCCCGCCCCGUGACGCACCGGGCCCCGCACAGCCCCCGGCCCCGGAGCGGCCCCCGACAGGAGAGCGAUGCUCCCUGCAUCCCUGCGUCCCAUCCUAUGGAUGCUCCCUGCAGCCCCGGAUCCCAGCCCACAGAUGCUCCCUGCAUCCCUUCCCGUGGAUGCUCCCCACAUCUGCACAUCCCACGCCAUGAGUGCCUGCUGCAUCCCCGUGUCCCAUCCCACGGACCUCCCCUGUGCCCUGCAUCCCACCCUGCAGAUGUGUUUUUACAGGACAGCCCAGAGCCCGGUGCCCAGCCGGGCUGGCAGCCCGCACUGGCAUUCCCAGAGCGCUGCCAGGGCUGUCCUUCCUGGCCAGCUCCUGUCCUUGGAGCCCAUUGACAGUCAGGACACAGCCCUGGCUCCCUGGGAUGCUGUGGGAGCCAGUGCUCAGCAGGGCAGGACAGUGCCUGGACACCCCAACGGGGACGUGCUUGGCCUCAAGAAAUCCUCGUGCUGCCCAAGACCACCCAAAGCUGCAGGACAUCCCCUGAGCGUCACCCUGGCUCGCUGACCCCUGCACCACGGGGUGCCACCACACUGUGCCACCCACACUGGUGCUGGGGACACCCACAUGGGGUGCAAACACCACAGCCCCAUCGCUCCCCACCACAGCACUGCCUGGCUGGGACAGCAGAGCUGGUGGGGGACCUUGCUGGCCCAUGGGAAGGUUCCUGGCUGGAAGAGUCCCAGUGUCCAGCUGGCCAAGGGUGCUGGCCCGGUGCCACAGGGGCUGCCCCUGCUCAGCUGUCGCUGUCUGUGACGCUCCCGUGACGGUCCCGCUCGGCUCAGCCCUGCCACCAGCACCCAGGUACGGAGCUGGAACGGGAGCCCUGGGCCCUGGGGUGCCACGUGUGGGUGUGGGUUGGGGCCACCAGGCCAUGGGGAGCCCUGUGGAGGCUGGAGGUGGGGAAGUCUCACCCCCCUUCAUGCUCAGUGCUUGCAGCGCCUGCAGUCCCCACACAUGGACCUGUGCCACGUCCCUGCCACCCGGGAGAAGGGCUGGUACCUGGCACUGAUGGCCCCCAACGUCAAGGGUCCCAACUAUGCCUGGCUGGACCCCUCCCGGCUCUACUGCCACCCGCAAGGCUUGCAGGACUGCGUGGCCGACCUGCUGCAGCCCUUCCAGGGAGAUGCCAUCGACAUGGUGGCUGGCAUCGACGCCAUGGGCUUCAUCCUGGGCGCUGCUGCCGCUGUCACUCUGCAGAAAGGCUUCCUGGCCAUCCGCAAAGCUGGGCACCUCUGUGUGCACACCGUGGCACAGCCCUACACCGACUACUCGGGCCGGGAGAAGGUGAUGGAGGUCCGCACCGAUGCCAUCUCACCGGGUCUGCGCAUCCUUCUCGUGGACCAGUGGGUUGAAACUGGGGGCACCAUGAGAGCGGCCAUCGAGCUGGUGGAGCGGCUGGGGGGGGUCGUGGCAGGUGUCGCUGCCAUCUGCAUGGAGAACAGCGAGGGAGGGAAGUGGAUCCAGGAGCGCUACAAGUGCUCCCACUGUGUCCCCCUCCGCCUGCAGCCUCGCUUUGACCAGCACCAGUCUGGCUGGGACUGA